GUUUCACAACUAGGUUAUGUUGCGGAAAAGAUAGUUGCUGUUUAUUUUUUAAAUUAAAAUAUUUACGUUUAGGAACAUGGGGAGAAGAUACUACUGCGACUACUGCGACAAAAAGUUUAUCGACGACAUAGAGCACAGGAAGAAGCAUUUGCAGAGCAGCUACCAUAUUAAAUUGCGAAAUUUGCAUUACGAAUACUGCAAAGAUCCGGAAACGCUUUUAAGGGAAGAACUGUUAAAGACGCCAUGUAGAAGAUUCUCGCAGUACGGAAGCUGUCAGUUUGAACGCAGUUGUAAAUACACGCAUUAUUCUCCCGAGGAGCUUUGCGAACUGAGGCAGCAAGUCGAACGAAUCCAAAUUAUGAGGAGAAAGAAGCUGGAGGAAGUGCCGAAUGUACCCAGCGUCGAGUCGUGGAUGCAGAAGUACAAUAAGAGUAACAACAAAGAAGACGACGAGGUCGUACACACCUUUUGGACGUACCCGGAAAGUUUCGAACGGAGGCUGGAUUUACCUCCGUCGCUGGUUCGCUUUAAACCCGAGCACUUCAGCGACGACAAUUUCGAGGAAUGGGGGAAAUAGUCGUGUCGUGAAACUCGUUUUGUUGUAAAUAAAAUGUGAGAAUCGACUUACCUGUUCGCUUUAUUCGACUUACAAGCUCGGCAUUUUUUUUGGGAAGCGGGUGAAGGAGGCGGGAUUUCUAUAAAAAGGUUAAAAAAAUUGUGGAUUUCAUAGUAUUAAUAUAUUGCUUAAAUUAAAAAUCGUAUUUAUACAGCACUUGUAAAGAAAAUAAUUCUUUAUACUAAUAUUUUGGCAAACGUAUGUGAGGGACAACGCAAAUUUACAAACAAUAAAAUCUACUGGGUGUUGAAACGGUCCGCUACAACAUCUUUUAUAAUAAAAAAAUAUGUGUGAAAAUUUAAAUAAAGCCGCCUUUAGACGCUGGUGAUAACUGGAAGAUGUUACAGCGGAGAGCUUCCGACGGGAGACUAGAACCAUUAAAACGGAACGUUCCAUAAAUACAGGCGCGUAAUACGGAAA